AUCAUAAAGUGUUUAAUGUUGUGGCGAAGACCUCGCUCUUGUACUUGUACCAAUCACCCCACUAAUCCUUCUUAUGUUCUCACGAUAGCGCCGCCGCCUGAAGUGGAAGCCCCAGCUGAGGAAGCUGAACAAGUUGAAGAUCAGGGAAAAACAAAACCAAAGGGAUUUAUGCCAAACAUUGCGGCUCCUAAGAUUCCUGAGGGAGACCACAAAGUGGAUUUUGAUGAUCUCCACAGGAAGCGUCAGGAGAAGGACUUGGCUGAGCUUCAGGCUCUGAUUGAGUCCCAUUUCGUCCAGAGGAAGAAGGACGAGGAGGAGCUUCUCGCCCUCGUCAGCAGAAUUGAGAAGCGUCGCGCUGAGAGGUCCGAGCAGCAAAGGAUCCGUGCAGAAAAGGAGAAGGAGAGACAGGCUCGUCUCGCUGACGAGAAGGAGAGGAGGGAGAUGGAGGAGCAGAUGAAGAAGCAGACUGAGGACCUCAAGAAGAAGAAGGCCCUCACCAACCUCACUCAGCAGCACGGAGGCCUGCAGCAGAAGCAAACUGAGGGUCGCAAAGGGGCUAAGAAGCAGACAGAGAGAGAGAAGAAGAAGAAGAUCCUGGCUGACAGAAGGAAGCCUCUCAACAUCGAUCACUUGGACGAAAACAAACUCAAAGAGAAGGCCACCGAGAUGUGGCAGUGGAUGAUGGAGCUGGAGGCUGAGAAGUUCGACCUCCAGGAAAGACUGAAGCGACAGAAAUAUGACAUGAAUUUACUGCAGACCCGUAUCAAUGAACAACAGAAGUUUGCCAAAGGUCGCGGAAAGAGCAAGAUGGCUGGGCGCCUGAGGUGAAGAGAUGGUGGAACGUCGUUUCCAAGGAAACAAAGAAGAGGAUGAGCUCUCCUUCUCGUAUCAGUGAUGUACUGUACUGUAGCUGUGAUGCAACUAUACUGUACGAUCACACAUGUACAAGUAAUAAACACUGUGUUGCUUUUUGUUGUGGUA